UUUAUCUUCUCAAAAUCAUAUUGUGUUCUCCUUGUUUUGCUUUGCAGAUUUCAGAAAUGGAGAUUGGCUUAGCAGUUGGUGGUGCAUUUCUCUCUUCAGCUUUGAAUGUUCUCUUUGAUAGGCUUGCUCCUCACGGUGAUCUUCUCAACAUGUUUCAGAAGCAUACAGAUGAUGUUCAGCUCUUUGAGAAGCUGGGGGACAUUCUGCUUGGUCUUCAAAUUGUGCUAAGUGAUGCAGAGAAUAAGCAAGCAUCAAAUAAAUUUGUGAGCCAGUGGUUAAAUAAGCUUCAGACUGCUGUGGACGGUUCUGAAAACUUGAUAGAACAAGUCAAUUAUGAAGCUUUGAGGCUUAAAGUGGAAGGUCAGCUUCAAAAUCUUACAGAAACAAGCAACCAGCAAGUAAGUGACCUUAACCUGUGCUUGAGUGAUGAUUUCUUUCUUGACAUAAAGAACAAGUUGGAAGACACUAUUAAAAAAUUGGAGGUGUUGGAAAAGCAAAUUGGUCGCCUUGGCUUAAAGGAGCAUUUUGUUUCCACUAAACAAGAAACUAGAACUUCUGUGGAUGUUAAAUCUGAUAUCUUUGGUAGGCAGAGCGAAAUAGAGGAUUUGAUUAACCGUUUAUUGUCUGAAGAUGCAAGUGGGAAAAAGCUGACAGUAGUUCCUAUUGUUGGAAUGGGCGGCCUGGGUAAGACAGCACUUGCUAAAGCGGUUUACCAUGAUGAGAGGGUGAAGAACCAUUUUGGUUUAAAAGCUUGGUAUUGUGUUUCUGAGCCAUAUGAUGCUUUGAGAAUAACGAAAGGGUUACUUCAAGAAAUUGGCAAAUUUGACUCAAAGGAUGUCCACAAUAAUCUUAAUCAGCUUCAAGUCAAAUUGAAGGAAAGGUUGAAGGAAAAGAAGUUCCUUAUUGUUUUGGAUGAUGUGUGGAAUGACAACUACAACGAGUGGGAUGACUUGAGAAAUCAUUUUGUACAAGGAGAUACAGGAAGUAAAAUCAUUGUGACGACACGUAAAGAGAGUGUUGCCUUGAUGAUGGGAAAUGAGAAAAUUAGCAUGGACAAUUUGUCUACUGAAGCCUCUUGGUCUUUAUUCAAAAGACAUGCAUUUGAAAACAUGGAUCCUAAGGGACAUCCAGAACUUGAAGAGGUCGGAAAACAAAUUGCAGCUAAGUGCAAAGGACUGCCCUUAGCUCUGAAGACGCUCGCUGGCAUGUUACGCUCCAAAUCAGAGGUUGAAGGGUGGAAACGUAUUUUGAGAAGUGAAAUAUGGCAACUGCCACAGAAUGACAUAUUACCAGCGUUGAUGUUGAGCUAUAAUGAUCUUCCCGCACAUUUAAAGCGAUGUUUUUCCUUUUGUGCAAUAUUUCCUAAAGAUUAUCCAUUUAGGAAAGAACAAGUUAUUCAUCUGUGGAUUGCUAAUGGUCUCGUACCAAAGGACGAUGGGAUAAUAGAAGAUUUAGGCAACCAAUACUUUCAGGAGUUGAGAUCAAGAUCAUUAUUUGAAAGGGUCCCAAAUCCUUCUAAAGGGAACAUGGAGAAUUUAUUCUUGAUGCAUGACCUUGUCAAUGAUUUAGCCCAAAUUGCAUCUUCAAAACUUUGUAUCAGGUUGGAAGAGAGCAAAGGAUCUCAAAUGUUGGAAAAAAGUCGGCACUUAUCUUAUUCAGUGGGAUAUGGUGGUGAGUUUGAGAAAUUGACACCCCUCUACAAAUUGGAGCAGCUGAGGACAUUGCUCCCGAUAUGUAUUGGUGUCAAUUAUUGCUCUCUAAGCAAGAGGGUGCAGUAUAACAUACUGCCAAGACUAAGAUCCUUAAGGGCAUUAUCAUUGUCAGGUUAUGAGAUUAAUGAGUUGCCAAAUGACUUGUUUAUCAAAUUAAAGCUCCUCAGAUUUUUGGACCUUUCUCUGACAUGUAUUAAAAAGUUGCCUGAUUCUGUUUGUGGAUUGUAUAACUUGGAGACACUUCUCCUGUCAGGUUGUUAUUUUCUUAAGGAGCUACCGCUGCAGAUAGAGAAGUUGAUUAACUUGCGUCAUCUUGACAUAAGCAAAACUUUGCACUUGAAGACGCCCCUACAUUUGGGCAAGUUGAAAAGCCUCCAAGUGCUAAUGGGAGCCAAGGUUUUUCUCGGUGGUUUGAGAAUGGAAGAUUUGGGUGAAGCACAGAACUUGUAUGGAUCUCUAUCUGUUGUAGAGUUGCAAAAUGUGGUUGAUAGAAGGGAAGCUGUGAAGGCAAAGAUGAGGGAGAAGAAUCACGUUGACAAGUUAUCUUUAGAGUGGAGUAAAAGUAGUAGUGCCGACAAUUCAAAAACAGAAAGAGACAUACUUGAUGAGUUACGCCCACAUAAAAACAUAAAAGAAGUAGAAAUCACUGGAUAUAGAGGGACAACAUUUCCAAAUUGGCUAUCUGAUCCUUUGUUUCUUAAUCUGGUGAAAUUGUCUCUUAGCAACUGCAAGGACUGUUAUUCCUUGCCGGCACUAGGACAGCUUCCUUCUUUGAAAUAUCUUAUCAUUAAAGGGAUGCAUGGAAUAACAGAGGUGACUGAAGAAUUCUAUGGCAGUUCAUCCUCCAAAAAGCCUUUUAACUGUCUUGAGAAGCUUGAAUUUGUUGAUAUGCCGGAGUGGAAGCAAUGGGACCUACUAGGAAGUGGAGAGUUCCCUAUACUUGAGAAGCUUUUGAUUGAAAAUUGCCCUGAACUCAGUUUGGAGACAGUACCCAUCCAACUUUCAAGUUUAAAAAGUUUUGAAGUAAUUGGUUCUCCCAUGGUUGGAGUUGUUUUUGAUGAUGCUGAGCUGCUUAGAUCCCAAAUUGAGGGAAUGAAGCAGAUUGAGGAAUUACGUAUUAGAUCCACUACCUUGAAAGCAAUAACCAAAGCUCGUUGCCGGAAAUUGAAAUUGGAUCCGCCAGUGGGUGAGAUAAGUAUGUUUCUGGAGAGAUUGACACGCUCUUUGUCUGUAUAUAAGUGCCACAACCUUACUAGGUUUUUGAUUCCUACUGCGACUGAAAGACUCCUUAUUUGGAAUUGUGAGAAUGUUGAAAAACUAUCGGUGGCAUGUGGGGGGACCCAGAUGACGUCACUGAUUAUUGUUGGCUGUAAGAAGCUGAAGUGUCUGCCAGAACAUAUGCAGGAACUCCUUCCAUCUCUUAAGAAACUGAAUAUGGAAAAUUGUCCAGAAAUAGAGUCCUUUCCUGAAGGAGGAUUGCCCUUCAAUUUACAACAACUUCAUAUCGACAAGUGCAAGAAAUUGGUGAACGGCCGAAAGGAGUGGCGUUUACAGAGACUUCCCUGUCUCAGAGAGUUAGAGAUCUCUCAUGAUGGCAGUGACGAAGAGAUUCUUGGUGCUGAGAACUGUGAGUUGCCUUCCUCUAUUCAAACACUUACCAUAUGGAAUCUGAAAACAUUAAGCAGCCAACAUCUCAAAAGCCUCACCUCUCUUCAACAUCUACAUAUUGAGGGUAAUUUACAUCAAAUUCAGUCAAUGCUGGAACAAGGCCAGUUUUUGCACCUCACUUCGCUUCAAAGUCUACAAAUCAGGAAUUUACCUAAUCUCCAAUCACUUCCUGAAUCAGCACUGCCCUCCUCCCUCUCUAAGCUAGAGAUCUCCCAUUGCCCUAAUCUCCAAUCACUUCCUGAAUCAGCACUGCCCUCCUCCCUCUCUAAGCUAGAGAUCUCCAAUUGCCCUAAUCUCCAAUCACUUCCUGAAUCAGCACUGCCCUCCUCCCUCUCUCAGCUGAUCAUCUAUGGUUGCCAUAAUCUCCAAUCACUUCCUGAAUCAGCACUGCCCUCCUCCCUCUCUCAGCUGGAGAUAUCCAAUUGCCCUAAUCUCCAAUCACUUCCUGAAUCAGCACUGCCCUCCUCCCUCUCUCAGCUGAAGAUAUCCAAUUGCCAUAAUCUCCAAUCACUUCCUGAACCAGCACUGCCCUCCUCCCUCUCUCAACUGAUCAUUAAUGAGUGCUCUAAGCUCCAAUCUCUUCCAGUAAAAGGGAUGCCAUCUUCCCUCUCUAAACUACAUAUUUACAACUGCCCAUUGCUCAAACCACUACUAGAAUUUGACAAGGGGGAAUACUGGCCAGAAAUUGCUCAUAUCCCCACCAUAGCGAUUGAUCUGGAAUGCCUUUAAUGAUUAAAACUAAUGGUGCUCUCACAAAUUGUGGUACGUCUAUUGCUCAAAUCAUAUAUGUUCAUUGGGAAAACCUGUAAUGAUUAAAAUGAGUGCUCCUCCGAUAGAUAGAACUUCUAGGAUCAUGAUGAAUUCAAGGUUAGAUAACAAAAUAAUGAUUUACUGGUGUUUCAGUUACCAAGAUGAUUAUUUUGUAGUAAUAGUUUGCACUCUCAUAAAUCAGCAAAAUAGAUUUCCUUUAUUGGCACCCUCAUCAGUCAUCUGUCUGUGAAACAGAGAAAUCAACGGUUUCAAAAUUCUCUAGAACCCAUUUUCAUGAGUUCAAGCCUUCAAUUCUGAUGACACAAAAGACAUCAACAGAGUAGAAGAAUUCAACCCAAGUUUUCAAUUCCUGCUUCACCUGAUGGGAAAGUUUAAUUUUCGAUGCUUCCAAGCUUCAGCAGUCCUGAUUCCUGAAGUUUUCCGGGUGAGCAUAGCUGCGAGUUGCAAGUUUCGCAAUUCAAUUUCUGUAUUAUGAAUCAUUGAUGGACUAUGAUGAAAUUUACUUUUCUUCGUAGAAAAAAUAUCAAAGAAUUAUACUACUAUACUAAUCAGGUUUGUUAAUAUUGAUGCUGCUGAUAUUUAUAAUCA